UUUACAUAACUGCGCCAGAUUUGUAGCUUCUGAUUAAUUUCCCCAGACUACCUUCUAAUUAAUUUCCCCAGAGUCAAGCUAAAAAAAAAAAAAAAGAACCACACAAUAUUUCCGAGACGGUCGAUUCCUUUGAAGAAGAAGAAGAACAACAUUGCUUGGUAUCAGCUUUAGUUUUACCCACUGCAUAACCAUAUCCAAUCAUCCGGCUUUGAAUUCUACAUAGAGUGAAUUUCAAAGCGAACAGAAGUUCAAUCAUCAAAAUCGGAUGGCCAAUUGUUGGCAGCUUAUACCGCCCAGUCUGAUAAUUGUCUAUCUGGCGAUCUCCUUCCUCCCACCGACGAUGGUCAGCUUCCUCUCGCGGUACAGCGGCCUCAGCAACCUCCUCCAACUAUCCCAACACCACCAACAACAGCCACAACAGACGAUGGUCGCCGGAGCUCAACCGUCGAGCGGCCGUCUGAGCACGACGCUGGGCUUGGUCCUCGGCCCUCUGCUACUCUCCAGUCCGUUCAGUGUCCGGUCUCGAUACUAUCUGCGGAUGGUCGUCUACGUCAUCGGCCUCGCCAUCGGCUCCUUCACCGGCGUCCUCGCCGGCCUCGUCGUCCCCAUCGUCAGACCCAGCUGGAGGAAAAACAUCCAGUGGCUCGUCGCACGCACCUUCUAUAACCUCGUCGGUCCUAUCAUCGGCUGGGAAUUCAUCGUCGAGGGCGAGGAGUAUCUCGAGCCUUGUUAUCGCGGCCAAUCCCAUGUCUUGGUCGGAAAUCAUCAAAGCAUGAUUGAUAUCUUAUACCUAGGAAGAAUCUUCCCCAAAACAUGCGUAGUCAUGGCCAAAAAAGAGCUCAAAUACACCCCGCUUCUAGGUCAAUAUAUGGCCCUGUCUAGGGCGGUCUUCGUCGAUCGUCAUAAUCGGACUACCGCUCUAGAAACGUUCCAGAAAGUCGGGGCAGAUAUGAAGAAAUAUGGCUUAAAUCUAUUCAUAUUUCCAGAGGGGACGAGAUCAAAUACGACGAAGCCGAGUCUGUUACCGUUCAAGAAGGGAGCGUUCCACCUGUCGAUCCAAUCGCAGCUGCCGAUCAUCCCGAUCGUGUGUGAGAACUACUCGAGUCUGUACGGCUCCAAGGCCUCGAAAUUCGAGCGGGGCCGGCCGAUCCUGAAAGUCUUGAAGCCCAUCCAUCCCAGCCCCGGCCAAUCCCCCGAAGAGCUCCUCAACAUCGUCAGAGAACAGAUGUUGCGUGCCUUGGUCGAGUUGAGUCAGCGGCCUGGUUCCGUCAGUAGUGCCUGCUCCCGCUCCGAUUAAGAACCUAUUCAUGUUUUUCUCCUUAUCGUUUUUGUUUGCUCUUGGUGAUAGAAUAAAGCGUUGAACCCUCUCUCUCUCUAUAUAUAUAUAUAAUUUCCUCAAUUUUAUAUCAUCUUCUCAUAUACAUAAGUCUUUCUUUGAUUUCACUGUAUUCUUUUGUAUGUCUUCUCCCAUGCAGAAAAAACAAAAGCAAAAAGACUACGUUCUUCUUCUUCCCCCAUAAUAUUAUCCAUCUGUUUCUUGUGAUUGAUUUUUGGUCCAAAUGGUAUUUUGUUCAAAGCUGUCUUGGUCUAUGUAUAUAUCUUGAACGAUAAACUCUUGAAGCUAUCUUUAUAUUACUUGUGUAUCUAUUUUUAAAAUUGACUGAAAUUCGUAAUAGAUUUUGUUUACCUUA